AUGCUGUCUCACGCCGACCUCCUGGACGCCAGGCUAGGUAUGAAAGAUGCUGCCGAGCUUCUGGGCCACCGGGAGGCGGUGAAGUGUAGGCUGGGCGUGGGGGGCUCCGACCCUGGGGGCCAUCCGGGGGACCUAGCGCCCAACUCCGACCCAGUCGAGGGAGCCACUCUGCUGCCCGGGGAGGACAUCACUACAGUGGGCUCUACGCCGGCCUCGCUGGCGGUGAGCGCAAAGGACCCGGACAAACAGCCGGGGCCCCAAGGAGGCCCGAACCCCAGCCAAGCCGGCCAGCAGCAGGGCCAACAGAAGCAGAAGCGCCACCGGACGCGCUUCACCCCGGCGCAGCUCAACGAGUUGGAGAGGAGCUUCGCGAAGACUCACUAUCCCGACAUCUUUAUGCGAGAGGAGCUGGCGCUGCGUAUCGGGCUGACGGAAUCCCGAGUGCAGGUCUGGUUCCAGAACCGGCGCGCUAAGUGGAAGAAACGCAAGAAGACCACCAACGUGUUCCGCGCGCCGGGAACUCUGCUGCCCACACCAGGCCUGCCUCAGUUUCCGUCAGCCGCCGCCGCCGCCGCCGCCGCUAUGGGCGACAGCCUGUGCUCUUUCCACGCCAACGACACCCGCUGGGCGGCGGCCGCCAUGCCGGGCGUAUCACAGUUGCCGCUGCCGCCGGCUCUGGGCAGGCAGCAAGCUAUGGCGCAGUCGCUGUCCCAGUGCAGCCUGGCGGCCGGGCCGCCGCCCAACUCCAUGGGCCUGUCCAACAGCCUGGCGGGCUCCAACGGCGCGGGGCUGCAGUCGCACCUCUACCAGCCCGCUUUCCCCGGCAUGGUGCCCUCCCUCCCCGGCCCCAGCAACGUCUCCGGCUCGCCCCAGCUCUGCAGCUCCCCGGACAGCAGCGACGUGUGGCGGGGCACGAGCAUCGCCUCCCUCCGCCGCAAGGCGCUAGAGCACACAGUCUCCAUGAGCUUCACUUAA